CCUAAGCAUUUUACAUCCAUUGAUAGUAUUUUCACCCGAUGCGGGAUUUGAUUUCUCAAAAAAUCGCAUUUAUAAUCGCAAUCGAUAAGUUUCGAAUAAUCGCAUUCGACCUCAAUAUUCGUCCAUCCCUUAUUAUUCCCUACGACUCGGGAAUUUCAGGGAAUUUGAUCGAAUUUCAGCUGAAUUAUGUCGGACCGGAUUAUCAGUGUCGAAUGAUGUAGGAUCGGAUUUUCAGUGCCGAAAAUUCAGUUUGUAAUUUCUAAUCUUGUGUGCCUCGCCCCAUUUUUUCGCCGGUAAUUUGCCCUUCCUUCCGCUUGAUAAUGUAAGUUCUUCUUUGUGAGUCAUUCGUGAGUGAUUCACGCGAAACUUUCGUGCCGUCAGCAUGUUGCGGGGUGUCCAGGCCAUUGGCCUUUCCUAAAUCUCUUCAGAAUCCUCCUUCCUUCCUUUUUUCAUGUUUUCCAUUAUUUCCAAUUUCACUCCUCGAGUUAGCAGAUGAAGAGCAACUGCUAACCUUCAGUACCUAGGUUGCACAACAAGAGCAGUGUGAAAAAGUAGUGACACAAUUACUGCCUAUUGAAGCCAAAGAAACCUACCUGGGGAAACCGAAGGAGUUUUGAAUGCUUCCAACCAAAAAUGAAUCAGCCAAUGGGAACAUCGCCCUUGAAAAAAGUCGGUCCAGCAGUACCUCCGAAGCCUAAGAAACCACAACCACAAGUUCCAAAGAGUUACCAGCUGUCUGGAGCAUGUGAGCCAUCAUAUUCAGUUCCGCUCCAAACAGCAGCGCCAGAAACAAAAAGAUCUGGCACAAACUCUGGUCCAGUGUAUUCAAAUAUACUCCCUGUAACAGCUUCUGAGCCUGGUGACAACGUGUACAGUAACAUCGAGCCAACAAUGCCAAUGCAACACUUGUACUCUAACCUGGAGCCUUAUAGCAAGACGCACAUAAUCGAGGACCCGGACGCAUUGAAGGCAUGGCUCGCCUCGCAAGUGAAGUGCAUGAUCGAAGCCGACCCAGUCGCACUGGCGAAAUAUAUUUACGCUCUGGUCAAGAAAAAUAAGCCGCUGGACGAGCUCCGAACAAAAGCCAUCUCUCAGCUGGAAGUCUUCUUUAAAGAGAAAACCGUCGCCUUUGUCGACACACUGUUUCACACCAUAGCUACUAAGAGCUACAUCACCCCUGUACACGUUGCCAACACCUCUCUCACGACCCUAGUUUCUGCCACAACAGAAAUUCCUCGGGACAAACUCCCUGAUAAGCCUGUUGAAAAAAUAACAAAGUCUGAAGCAACGUCUUCUCAGAAAGAUGAUUUGCCCCCAAGAAAACGACGAUCUUUGAGCCCUCCACCCAAGCGGUGGACCAAGUCGAGGUCGCGGUCUCCGCGACGUUCCGUAUCGCGAUCUCCUCGCAAGCGCUCAACAUCGCGAAAUUUGCGCCCUCGUUCUAGAUCUCGCUCCGGGCGUCUGCGCUCCAAAACUCGAUCUCCACGCCCGCGUUCUCGCUCGAGGUCGCGCUCCAACUCGUGGGAAAGACGACGGUAUCGCAGGUCACCAGUCCGUAGACCACCCUACGCUCAGAGGUACCGCAAGUUUUCUACCGAUAGGAAGUAUUACUCCAACCGACGGCGCAGUUGGACCAGAUCCUGCUCCAGGUCACCUCUCAGAUCCAGGUCACGCUCAAGAUCAGGCUCCUAUUCCCCCAAGAGGUCAACCUAUAGACAUAGAAACCCUUCACCCCUCUCCCCUUUGUUCGGGAAGUCUAGUCAUGAGCCAAAGGCUAGUCUCGACUUGUUGAGUCAAGAUUUUUGUGCAACCAGCUAUUCUGAAAAGCAAAGGUGCAUUGACUUUGAGGAAAAGGGGUUCUGCAUGAGAGGUGACAUGUGUCCAUUUGACCAUGGUUCGAAUCCAGUCGUGCUGGAACCUUCCAGCGUUCCUCUAUUGCCCGUUCAACAGCCCUCUGUAAGUGUCAACUCGCUGGAAGUCCCCGGCUCCAGUCCGCAUUAUAACCCUACCAGCAUUAAAACUAACCUCUCAGAGUGGGUAUCGCAGAAGAUAAUGAGUGAUGCUCUGCUCCGGGGAGAGAGUGACAGAGGAAAGUCGAAGAGUGAUGUUUUUAGCCGUUUAGGACCAAAGCCCGUCCAAGAGGAGCCCUCCAAAUGUACUCUAGAAAUUAUGUGUAUUCCACCAAAGCUUAAUACAAUAACUCUUUUGUUCAAUCACUUUUCUAAGUUCGGUAAGGUUGUUAAUAUCAAAGUGAAUCACAAUGAUGAUCCCGGUGCAGCGCUGGUGACGUUUUCGAAAGACCACGAGGCGGCUGCUGCUCUACGAAGCCCUGCACCAGUGAUGAGAAACCGAUUCAUCAAAGUUGUGAUGCAAGGUGAGGCUGCAGUGGAAAAAGUGGAAAACGUUCCACCUGUAACUUUCAAGACUGAAAAUAAGUUUAAAAAAGAGUUAAGACCUUUUGUUUUACGCACAACCAACACCUUAGACCAAAGGAGAAAAGUCAUUAAACCUCCCAUCGUCAAAAAGAAGAAGAUUGAAGCUAAGCAAAUCACUGCAAAUUUGCUGAAGUUGAAGCAGGAGUUACUCGUGGAACAAAUUGCUAAACAGAAGCUUCUCAUCCAAAAACUGGAGAAAGGGUCGCAUAGCGCAGAAGAUAGAAACUCCAUUUUAGCAACGAUUAAAAUGCUGGAUGCCAGUAUCAAAGAAAUAAGGGCGAGUUUAGCGAGUAGUGUGAGCAAACUCAAAGCUGUCAGCUCAGAUUUAGGGGCCCUGAAUCCAGUCGACAAGAAAGCGAAGCUGGCUGAAGUGAAGCGUGAAUUACUGGAUGCAGAGCUAGACCUCUUUUCUGCCCAGCAAAAAGGAAGCGACAAGACUGAAGUAGAGAAAAGAAUCUUAAAGCUCAAGAAAGAGAUUCUACUUCUGGCUGGAGGGAGUGCCCCAGCACCGGUUGUCGCCAGGAGGCCUGUUUUACCCAAAGUCAGCUCACUUUCAGUUGACCAUCGACCGACAAAGCUCUUAGUCCAAAACUUUGAGGUAGAAAACAAAGGCGCUAUUGUGACACACAUGUCAAAAUUUGGCGAAUUGAAGAUCGAACAUGAGGAUUUGACUGCUCCUUCAAUGCUAAUUAGUUUCAAAGCUCACAAAGAAGCAGAGCUAGCACUCAGUAAAACCAAGCAGUUUUUCGGGGAGAAAAUUAGUGUUUCAUUUCAUAAUUAAAUCUUGAUUGUAAUGGAGCUUUACUCCCCAAAAUCUCACCUAUGUCUUAGAAUGUUUUCAAUUUACGUAAGAGUUUAAAGCUCUAGGCAACAAAUUCUCAUGAAGUAGGCAUGAAAAGUUCUUUGUAAGAUCUUAUUUUAUCUGUGAUUUCUUUAUUUCUUAACUUACUUUUCGAUAUGAACUUAAAUUUUUAUCGAGUAUGUAAAAUUCAAUUUUUUUCAUGAACUCUCCUAAUUUUUGUCAAAAUAAUUGCAGUCCAGGAUAAAACUGUAUUAUGCAGUAUUUCGAUACAGCAGAUACUUCAGUAGAUUCCAGGUGUGUUGAUAAUGCGUCAACAAA